GCUGCUGUAAGUAUUAAGUCUGCUGUUGAGCAAGUGGGAGAAGUCAGGUGUCAGCAUCCAGUUGAUCAACACAAUGGAGACUCCUUGUUCACUGUCUGCCAAUUAUGAAGGGUCAUUCGCAUAUUUCACUGUUAAGGACAGAUUGCCACAAAUUCUAACAAAAGUGAUUGACACCAUACACCGGCAUAAAAAUAAAUUCUUUGAAGAAUAUGGGCAGGAAGGAAUCGAGGCAGAAAAGAAGGCAAUAUCUUUCUUCUCAAAACUGCGUAAUGAGAUGCAGACGGAUAAGUCCAUCCUUCCACUGACUGAUAACAGGCCAGACACUGACAUCUGGAAUCAGUACCUGGACUACCAAAAGACGCUGCUUGGCAACGGUGAAGAUCCGAGCUGGUUCCGAUCCCCGUGGCUGUAUGUGGAGUGUUAUCUCUACCGCAGGAUCCAGGAGGGGAUUUUAUUCAGCCCCCCGAUCUCCAAGUUUGAUGCCUUCGGGGAAGCAAAGAAUGAAAGCUUCUUUCAGUCCCAGCAAGCUAUUAUCGCCCUCUGCACUCAUCUACAGGAGCUUAAAAAGACCAUUGCCAGCCUGAGCAAAGAACAGCGCCAAGAGGAGUUCUAUAAGCUGCUGCAGGUCUCUUUAUGGGGAAACAAGUGUGACCUUUCUAUUUCGGGGGGUCAGGACAACUCUCAGAAAUCCAGUCUUCUUGCUUCUCUGGACUCCCUCAAACCAUUUAUAUUGGUGGAUAAUAUGGAGUCCCUCUGGAACACCCUAGUGAAGAGCCAGGAUGUCGGCUCAGAGAAAGCUUUGAAAACCAGAGUCGACAUUGUUCUGGAUAAUGCCGGUUUCGAGCUGGUAACAGAUUUCAUAUUAGCUGAUGCCAUCUUGUUUUUGAACUUGGCCACUGAAGUUCAUUUUCACGGCAAGUGCUUUCCUUGGUUUGUUUCAGACACCACAAAGCACGACUUUGAUUGGACAGUCCAACAGUUACUAGCGGCCAAUCACAGGUGGAUGUCAAAGUGUGGUCAGACGUGGAAGGAGAACCUGAAGAAAGGUUCCUGGGUUUAUCAUGAGAAUCUCUUCUGGACUUUGCCGCACGAGUUUUGGAGCAUGGAGGAAGUCGCUCCAGAUCUGUACGCAGAGCUGAAAAAGUCAGAUCUAGUGUUAUUUAAAGGAGAUCUGAACUACAGGAAACUCACUGGAGACCGGAAGUGGGACUUCACUGUUCCCUUUUCUGAAGUACUGAAAACCUUUCACCCUGCACCGCUGUGCAGUAUCAGAACUCUAAAAGCCGAUGUACAAGUUGGAUUACAAGCUGGGGUCGGGGAACGGAUCAGUGCAUCAGAACCAGACUGGAUGGUGUCUGGGAAAUAUGGAGUUAUCCAAUUUAGCUAAAUGGUGCCAUAGAGUAGCUACAACCUU